UGCAAAUAAAUUGAAUGAUGAGUGAUAGAGUUUUUUUUUUUUUCAUUUGGUUUGUUACAGUCCAAGCCAAUGAAAAAGCUUCCGAUCAUUGGCACUAUGCCUAUUAUCCUCGACAUGGAUGCCGAUUCUUCUCCUGAUUCAAAAGGAGAAGAAAUGGGAGAAACAGCUCAUAGCCAUGCAUGUUUAACAUCUCAAAAUGCAUAUCAAACUGCUCCUCAGCUUUUGUACGAGCUUCAGGUCGAGAUUUUUGCCCGUGUUCCAUGCUGUGAGUAUUGGAAACUACAGUUUCUCAACAACCAGUUUUCACAGUUGCUGAAAAGUAGUGAAAUUUUCCGAACGAGGCGAGAGCUCGGACUUGUGAAACCGUACUUUUUUAUACUGUCAAGCAGUGAUAGGCGUUGGACUAUGUUUGAUGAGGACUUCAAAAGUUUCCAGAGACUUCCAAAGCUCUCUUCUGACAUUAAUUUUUUCAGUGGUGAUAAGGAAACUAUUUGUGUGGGUACGCAACUAAUCGUCAUCUGGAGAAAUAAGGAGGGCAUUACGGUGUGGCGUUACGAGCUUGCAAUGCACAAAUGGUUCAAAGGUCCUGAGAUGAUUACACCGAGAAUCAUGUUUGCUUCCGCAAGCCACGGUACAAAUGCCUUUUUCGCCGGCGGAUUUACGAUAAGUGAAAAUGGGGUUGAGGUUGUAAGCAUAGUAGAAAAGUACAAUGCCGAAACAAAAACAUGGGCAUCCAUUCUUCCAAUGCAUAGGCGGAGGAAGUUGUGUUCCGGAUGCUUCUUGCGUGGUAAGUUUUAUGUUCUCGGCGGUCAGAAUGAAAACAACGAAAACCUAACUUGUGCAGAAAGUUACGAUGAGGAAACAAAUUCUUGGGAGUUGAUACCAGAUAUGCUUGCAGACAUGUCUUUAUCCAUUUUCCAAGCGCCUCCGCGUAUUGCGGUGGUCAAUGAUACUCUCUACUUGCUGGAAACAUCAUUGAAUGAGCUUCGCGUGUAUAAUGUAAACACAAACACUUGGAAGAAGCUUGGAACUAUACCUGUGAUGGCACAUUUAACUAAAGGUUGGGGUGUUGUAUUUAAGUCGGUUAAAGAUAAUCUUAUGCUGAUUGGAGCUUCGUUCAAUAGACUUCACUCUCAGAAAUGGGGGAUCUACAAGUCUUGUCCAUCUCCAGACAUGGAAGAGAUUCAUUGGGAGGAUAUUUGUUGUCGUGGUGGUAGUCUUAACCAUUCUAUUCUCAACUGUUGUGUAAUGCUUGCUUAAAACUUUGUUUGUGUUGUUGUCUUUGUGUUUUGUGUUGUGCGGCGAUCUUUAUAGGUCUUGACUUUCGGGUUAUUGUCAUGUUUUUAUAAUGUCAUUUCUAUAUUUGCAUCUUAAGCUUGUGUUCUCUUGCUUAUUUAAAGUUACUAAAUGUUUUUUUUGGGAAAUGGGAUAAGCUUGAAUUUAACACACAGUACAAAAGGUUAAAAGUUUCAUAAAAAUAUACUCCCUCCGUUUUUUAAUAUAAGUCGUUUUAAAAUUGUACACAUAGAUUAAGAAAUCAUUAAUUUUUUAUAUUUUC